UGUUUAGUCUAUCGUUUACCUCUCGACUUGACGCGCGACCUCUGAGAGAAGUCCUAUAGGCAGUGUGUGUGUGUGGUGUGGAAACCUCAGAUGGCUGCUGAGAAACAUCCUGUGGACAGCCGUGAUCCGUUUGUGUAAGGAGUGUGUUAGUUUUUAGGUGAACCCUUCAAGGCAAAAACCACAGAAAGCAAGCGCAACAGGACGACGGGCGCGAAACAGUGGGAAGUGGAAUAAAGAGAAAGCCGAUAAAAGGAAGCAGGAAACUCGAAACUCGGGGAAGUCUCCUCCGGGUUGGACAAAAAUUGCAUCUGUCAGGAUCGGUUCAGAAACAACUGUCCUGCAGGCUGACGGUUUUUGGCUGGUGUUCUGUGUGUGUUUUGAAACGGUGCAAUCCUGCGAGUGGAAAAAAAGGAAAAUACACAACAAACGGAAAAUAAACGGCUGCAAAGAAAGGGAAGGAUAGUGGAAGAAGUGCGGGAAAAAAUGUGCAGCAUGUUGUAAUGUUUCGGGGGUUAGAAAUUGAUGAAAAUAAUAAAAGGUAUCGUGUAUUAAUAGGGGAUGAUUAAGUGUGGCGGUUGAACCUGGAUGGCAGUUGUUGAAGACACUGUCCGGCCAGCAAAGUGGUGAAUGAUCUUGCAAACGGAUUAAUUGUGCGAUACUAGCAGAAAACUCUGCGACAUUGAUUGAAGGUACAAGGGAAAAAAACCGAAAUCUGUUAUGCGCUAUCAGUGAUUUGACACAUUUUGGUGCGAGUGAAAUAAUUAUCUGCGUGAUACAACGAAGAAAUCAAAGCAACACACGAAAAAAAUAAAACGUACGCAUGUGAAGUGUCAACUAAUAACAUAUUCAAAGGAAAAUAGAUACAACAUAAGCGAAAGAGAUAAGCGGAAAGAGUGUGUGUUUAUGUAUUACUUGUGAGGCAAAAAAAAGAAAGGCAAAUAACAGGAAAAAAAUGCAAUCAUCGAAACAGCAGCGAAGAGUGUCGUGAAAGGUGUGUGUAAGUACAAGAAAUAAUAAUAACACAGUGGACAGUGAAAACGUAGCGGCAAAAGUUCAACAACAAAAGUAAAGGAGGCAAAAGAAAACAAACUUUCAGAAUACUGAUUCUGGAAUGAAAAGGCUUUUAAAACAAAAGUGACCGUUUGAUUUGAUGGAGUUUCAACAGAUUCAAAAGUGUAGAGAAACGAAAAUAUACCAGUGAUCAUUUACUAAACAGGAGGAAGUGUCACUGCGAGCCGCCGUGUGAAACGUGAAACCAAAACUCGUGCCUGAGUGAGAAUCAUCGUUGAAAACGAGAACGAGACGAGUGUCAUAAUUCCAGCUGUUGUUUACCUGCAAGCCACCCCUCUCCCCGCUAGUAGAACACGAACAAAAAAGGACUAGAAGCGGCCAACCAGAGGCUAUCUUGAUAUCCCGAUUAUUGAAGAAAAUUGUUACGAUUUGGAUUACCUGUCGACGACUGAAGCUAGCUGCAGAUCAGUUGAAUGGAUUACCAACGAAGCGGACACUAAUUUCUAAACAGGUACGUGUGGCAAAUCCGCCCUAGAAGAAGAGCCGUCGAAGGUAAACCAGAACGCACAGGGGCAUAAAUAAUAAGUACGAACCACCAUCUAGAUAAUAGCUACCAACUGUACACCACAGCCGACAAGUGCGUAUACAUAGGCUACGAAGUAACCGCAUGGAAAAGCUAUGAGUGCCCAGGGGGGCUCCCCAGGGGUCCCAUUAUUGGGUGAUCGUGGAUCUCCGCUUCCAGGAGUUUUUUCUGCUUUACAACGAGUGUUUGUAGAAUCCAUCCAAACAGCCAACUAGAUCAAUUUUUGCUAAAUGAGACAGCCUACCAACGAGUGAAACGUUAGGAUCCCUAUCUAGCCAGCUUCGGAAGAUACAGCAAAAGUGGAAGAGCUCCUUAAAACGUUUACUUACUCGAGAUAUGGUCGCUGCAGCCGGGGGACAGCAAGGCGGGAUGGACGUCGGAUAUAACCCUCAGAUGAACAACAUGGCGAUGCACUCGCAGUCAUCAUGGAACCAGAUGAACGGCAUGAACGGAAUGAACCAGAUGAGCGCAAUGAACCAAAUGGGCGGUGGUGGAGGCGGAGGCAUGGGUGUUGGUGGAGCGGGAGGCGGUGGUAUGAACCAGAUGAACGCUGGCAUGAGCCCAAUGGGGCAGAUGGGAACGGGCGGUGGUGGUGGUAGUGGCGGCGUUGUAGGAGGCGGUGGAGCAGGUGGGAACAUGGGCGGUAUGGGAGGAAUGCAAAUGAACCAAAUGAGCUCGAUGAAUGGAAUGGGUAGCUACGGAAGGCACCACCAGCAGAUGAAUCCGAUGGCGCAGAUGAUGAACAUGGGAAUGGGCAUGGGAGGCCAGAUGGGUCCCGGAGCCGGCAUGAAUGGAAUGAAUCAGAUGAACAGUAUGAAUCCUCUUAGUCAAAUGAAUCAGAUGUCACCGAUGUCGAAGAUGCAAGGAAUGGCAAAUGGAUAUCCACCACAUCCGAGACGGAUGGCUCCCUACCCGAACCCGCAGAUGCAGAUGGCUCAGAAACGGUCAAUGUACGGCAUGAGUCAACAGGCGAUACCCGGAGCAGGAUCUCAGUUUCCCCCUCACCAACCGGCUGGAGUUCCUCUGCCAAUGCAAGCAAACACCGGUUACGGAAGGCACGCUCCAAUGCCUAUGAACUAUCGGGGCGGUCCUCCGAUGAUGCAACAGCGACAAAACACUCCUCCGUAUGGCACCAACACCGGUCACAGUCAACAGUAUUACAAUUCGGGCUACCAGACCAUGCAGGGCUACCAGCCGGACAUUCGAAUGAACUACCAGCAUAGUCCUGUGCCCGGCAAUCCAACACCUCCACUCACACCCGCCUCUUCCAUGACACCGUACAUCAGUCCUAAUCCGGACCUUAAGCCAAACCUACCACACAAAGACGAAGAGCUUCGGCUCACCUUCCCCGUCCGGGACGGUAUCCUUUUGCCGCCGUUCCGAUUGGAACACAACCUCGCCGUUAGUAAUCAUGUAUUCCAGCUGAAGUCGACCGUAUACAAUACGCUUAUGUGCCGGCCCGAUCUGGAACUGCAGCUAAAAUGUUUCCACCACGAGGAUCGACAAAUGAAUACCAACUGGCCGGCCAGUGUACAGGUUUCCGCCAAUUCUACUCCACUGGAGAUCGAUCGAGGAGACAACAAGAAUACCCAUCGACCGCUCUACCUGAAACAGGUGUGCCAACCGGGUCGAAAUACUAUUCAAAUUACCGUUAGCACGUGUUGCUGUUCCCAUCUCUUCGUACUCCAACUGGUGCACAGGCCAUCGGUCAACCACGUACUACACACGCUGCUGAAGCGUAAUCUUCUGUCGGCCGAACAAGCGGUGGCAAAGAUCAAACGUAACUUCGCCAUUGGUCAUACAACGAACCCCCAUCAACCGCUAGGCGGAAACGGACCAGGCUCUGACAAGGAUUCACUUGAACCCGCAUCCUCUACUAAAGUCUCCCUUAAAUGUACCAUCACCUCGAAGCGAAUAGCACUCCCUGCGCGUGGCCAUGACUGCAAGCACAUCCAGUGCUUCGACGUAGAGGCAUAUCUAGCACUCAACUGUGAACGCGGCAACUGGAGGUGUCCUGUGUGCAAUAAACCUGCUCUGACCGAGGGUCUCGAAAUCGAUCAGUACAUGUGGGCGAUCCUGAACACACUGAACUCUUCCAAUACUCCGAACGGGAUGGAAACGGAAGAGGUCGUCAUCGAUUCACAGGCCAACUGGCGAGCGAUCAAACCUGCUAAUAAUACUCCGGGUAGUAACACUCCCGGUGCCGAUGGAAACGGGCGAGGUAGUUCCACACCCGUCCUGGUGGGCAUUAAACCGGAUCCGGACGGUGACAGUAAGCAGUUCAGUAAGGUUAUGUCACCCGGAUCGACUUCGCUGCCUACGUGGGAUAACAUGAACGCGAUGAGUCCCUAUAUGAGUCCGGAUAUGAGCUCGAUUGCGAGUGGAAGCAUGAUGGGAUCAAAUAACUAUAAUCAACGGACACAGUUCGAUUCAUUUGGCAACCCAAUCAAGCAGGAGCAGUUCGGAAAUUCUAUUAAGCAGGAACCAAACAGUAGUUCGCAGGGUGUAGUGAGCGGCAAUGGUUCCGGUAUUGCCGGGGAUUUCAGUAACAAUCCACUGGCGCAUUUAAGCGAUUCCGUCAAUUCGCUUGAUCCACUUAAUGCGAUGGAGAAAUCGUUGAUUGAUCAGAUGCCCCACACACCUCACACUCCUCACACGCCUGGCGGUGGCAAUUCUUCCGGACACCCGAUGACCCCUGGUGGACCACCGAGCGUACCGCCGGCGAAUGACAUCAACUCGAGUCAAUCGGGCGGCAAUGGAAGUGGCAGCAACAACAGUAGCAGUAGUAGUGGUGGUGGUGGUGGUAACAACGGCAGUAACAAUAGUUCCAAUAACAAUAGUAGUAAUUCUGGCAACACGGCCGGCAACAACAACAACCAAAACAACAAUAGCCAUAGUAACCCGGGGGCAAACAGUUUGAUGCAUUCGCCCCAACACCAGCAAGCCAUGGGAAUGGGUAACAACCCGGCGGCAAACAUCAUGAACUCACCCCAGAGUCUGAUGAACUCGCCUCAAAACAUGAUGAAUUCGCCACAAAGCAUGAUGAACUCGGCAAACAAUCUCCAGCAGAAUCUAAUGAACACGAUGAACUCGAUGAUGCAGAGCCAGCAGCAGGCAGGGCUGGUCGGUUUGACAGAUGUCGAUCUGCCAGCGGAUCUUAACUUCGAUCCUGCUGCAGUUAUUGAAGGCGAAGGUGGUAACGAUUUGAAUCUUCUUCCGGACAACGUGGUCGACCCGAUGGAACUGCUAUCGUAUCUGGAUCCACCGCCAGAUCUGAACACGCCACCUUCGAGCGGUUCCAGCAACAAUGCCAACAGUGACGACAUUCUGGCCGCACUGUUCGACUAGAGACGCGCGUUCCGGCCCGGGCCACCCGAGCGACACAGAAUAAUAUAAUGCAAGCUGAAAUGUGAUGGGUUUUUGUUUUUGUUUUCAUCCAACUUUCAAAAAAAAAGCAGUCAAAAUUGUUUGUACAGAAAGAGACAUUGUUUUCCUAAAUGUGUAGAAGAAACGUUUGAGUUCGGUAUGACAAAGCAAGAGGAAGUGACAGACGAAGAAAUCUAUCGAAGCUAAAAAUGUAUGAAAUGUGAUUUCGAAUGUGGCGCUAAUCUAAUGUAAUGCAAAAAGGUUACAAAAUGAACCAUGAUUAUGGACCUAGAACGUGAUAGCCAAAAACGGUUUUUGGAUCCCUCUACUUAUUUUCGACACGGGGAAGAAAAUGAAUGCGCACGGCAUUAUUCUUUUUUAAUUCAAUAUUUAUUUUCCAUGAAAUAGUUUUUAGUCUUUUGUAAAAAGAAAAUUAUUUAUUUUGUACAAAAAACACCGAAGAUGGAAAAUUUUUAGUAUAUUAUUUCACCUUUUAUUUCGGGACAACAUGGAUCGACUCUGUUUUAUAGAGACAAAAAUGAUCUUAAAUGAAUGAUUUAAGAUAUACAACAAAGUAAGAGAAUUGUUUAAGUGAAAUGUUAAAAGUAAAGAUAUUAAAUUUUAAUCAAAAAUGUACAAAAGAAUUAAGGAACUAUUAUACAUAAAUUUAAUAUAUUACAAAUACAGCUAACUAAAUUUAAACUAAGUCACACGCGCAUAUAUACACAUUGAAAACAAGCUGACAUUUAACUGAUAAAAUGAAAAGAAAUCCAACAAGUACACGCUAAAAGUGGAAAAUCGGUUAUAAUUUUCGCUCUCUCUUGAAUGUUUGUAGAGUUAUAAAAUUAAUCAAUCUGUAUUUUGAAGAAAACAUGAUACAAUCUGGAUGAAAAUUGACAUAAAUAAUAAACAGAAAAGCAAAGACCUAUUAAUUGAUUGGAAAGAGAGGAAGAAAUACUAGCAAAUAAACGGCUUCAACUUAGUGACCUUUGAUUUUACUGUAUAAACAGAUUAAACAAGACAACAACAACAACAAAAACAUCAACCAUUGAUUGAUCAAUUAAGAUGGCGCCAGCUCUUGAGGCCAGUAUUUUUUGAACUCGAAACCAAGGCAACAUCAUUCUAGCACGCAUUUGUUCCUUUUGUCCAUGAGACCGCAUCGCAGACCAACGCAGACCACCCCAUCUCUCAUGAAGAAGCCGAGGCCACACAAACACAAACAAAAAGUUUGUCUCAUUGUUCCUCGAAUUCCUAGCCAAUCCCGAUUGCAUUAGUUUUUUUUGUAUUCUUUCUCGCUCUCCUUGUUAGUGAUGUUACGCAAAAUGAAUCCUCGAAAUCAUGGGAAACAUUAUCUGGUUCCCCUCGCGAAAGUAAAGUUCCACGCAUAAACGGAUAGUAAGUUAUUUAAUUUUUUCCAACCACUAAACACAACAACACCCAACGCAUACUAGAUCGAUCAAUGUGCGUUCGAAUACUGUUCUUUUUUUCUUUUCAAAACAUUUCUGUUUCCAAGCAACGGACAACAGUCAUACCACUUUUAUUUAUGGUUUCAAACUCUUAGAUCCUAACUAAAAAAAAUCCAAAUUAACAAAGUGAUAGUUAUUUAUAUUUAAAUGUAAAAAAAUCGUAAGGAUUAACUAAAUCAAGACAUGUUUUAAACAACAAACGGACAGAAAUGAACCAGCAAAUAACGCAUAAUGUAAACAAAUCAAAAUUCCUAAAAAGGAAGCAUACAAUUGAAAAAAAAAAAACAAGAAAAUCAGUAUUUUGCAAUGCGAAUUAAUAUGAGAAACAGCAUAUUUUAAAACACACACUCUCUCCCAUGAAAUGGAUUUUUAAACCAGCAUUGUCCACCCGUCAAAGAAACAUACUUUUCUACCAUCAUUUGAGUAAAGUUGAACUUUGAAUCCAACGAAGAGCAUGAAACAUCAGCAGCAACAAAAAAAAGUAUGAAAAUUUCAGUAAAAGUAGAACGAUCGGUGGAUGCUUUCUAUACGUUGUUCUUUUUAUGUAUCUAGGAGGGAUCUUUCUCCUCGCUAAUUUAAACUUUCCCCCAAAAAAUACUAUCAAAACUAUCUCCCCUAUCGUCAGGUGGUUCUAACAUUUCUUUUGUUUGUUUAUUUAUGAAAAGCGCAAGGUUAGUUCACUAAGUUCACCUGUAUAAUUUUGUAAAUAGUCUACCGAGAAGAGAAAGCUAAACAAUGAGAUAAAUGGCAAGAAAAAAGUAAUUGAAAAUAAUAACUUUAAAUUAAUUAUAUUUAAGAAAAAAAUACCUAUGAAAAAAGGAAGCAAACAAAUUUUGAAAAUAAUAAAAAGCAAAAUG